CUUUGAACAUAUAAUUAGUGUAUUUUAAUCAAUCAACAUAAUCUAUUUUAUUAAAGUAUAUUAUAUAUAUAUAUAUGUAAUUUUCAAAGAAAUAGCAUUAUUUUUGUAAUAUUUUUAUAAUGUUAUAUGUUUUUUAUCACUUUAAUCGCAUUUCAACAUAUAAAGUUUUAACGAAAUCCAAAGUAUUUCGUUCUAACCUUUUGUUACUCACAUGUAAAAAAUCAGAUGGCAUGAUUGUUACAAUUGGUGAUGUUUCAAAACCAGUGAAAUCGCCACAGAAACCUGAAUAUGUACCUAAAAAAUAUUUAUUAAAUACAUCUACUCAAGAAGGAGAUGCAUCUAUGUUAAAACAUUUAAAAUGGAUGCUUCAAAAGGAUGUUUUAUCUCAAGAUAUUUUUUUAAUUGGUGGACCAGGAACUAGACGUAGAAAAUUAGCUCUUGCUUUUCUUGAAAUCACAGAUCGCGAGGUAGAAUUUAUUGCACUUUCAAGAGAUACAACAGAAGCAGAUUUGAAACAACGAAGAGAAAUUAAAAGUGGUACUGCUUAUUAUCAUGAUCAAAGUGCUGUAAGGGCUGCAACAAAUGGAAGAAUUCUCAUUAUUGAAGGUGUAGAAAAAGCUGAAAGAAAUGUUCUUCCUGUUUUAAAUAAUUUAUUAGAAAAUCGUGAAAUGCAUUUAGAAGAUGGAAGAUUUCUUGUUCCUGCAUCACGUUAUGAUAAGUUAUUAGAGACAUACAGUCAAGAGGAAUUAGAUAAUUGGAGACUUGUUAGAGUCAGUGAAGAUUUUAGAGUUAUUGCAUUAGGUAUGCCAGCACCAAGAUAUCCUGGACACCCACUUGAUCCUCCUUUAAGAUCUAGAUUUCAAGCCAGACAUAUUCCACCUCCAAGUUUUAAGGAACAAUUGAACACAUUAAAAAAUUUAGCUACGCACACUGAUACUACGAAAUUAAGGCAAUUAUUAUCGUGCUCGCACGCUUUCGUUACACAAGAGGCUGUGUCCUUAGGUCUUCCGGAUUUCCCCUUGGACAAUUUGCCGUCAGUUACUAUCAUAAUGGAUAAAUGUCCAAACCUGUCGGUGUUUGACAUAUUUUACAGGUGUUAUCCGUACAAAUUGUUUUUGGCGAAAGAUGGUCAAAAUGCUGUUGAGAGCAUACUCAAAACGUUUGAUGUCACAAAAAUAACAACGAACGACAGUAAGAUUUCAAAUAUUGAUAAAAAAAAUGAAGAGCAAAAUUCGGUGAAUAUUAGCAUAAAGUAUGCUGAUGAUGAAAUAGGUUUGAACGUUUCUUGCGGGAACAAGAAGGUAAAUGAAGAAGCAAAAGGAAAUAAAUACGUAGAAACGAAUUAUCAAAAUAAUUUAUUGACAAGUAUGUUGGAAUCGCAUCUUGUCUCUGAUUUUUGUUUAAUUGGUCCGAAAGGAUGUGGAAAAUCUAUCACUGUACAAACUUUAGCUAAUUUAUUAGGAUACGAAGUAGAGCCUGUAGUACUUUAUCAGGAUAUGACUUCCAGAGAUUUAAUACAACAACGGACGACGUUAUCUAACGGUGAUACAAUUUGGAAAAAUUCACCUCUCGUUGAUGCAGCAUUGCACGGUAAAUUGGCUAUAUUGGAUGGAAUUAAUAGAAUCGAUCCUAGCACGUUGGCUAUAUUGCACAGAUUGGUUCACGAUCGAGAGUUACAAUUGCAUGAUGGUAAAAGGCUCAUCAGGGCAGAUCGUUACGACGAGAUAAAGGGGAAACACGAUAAAUCUGACGCAGAAUUGUACGAAUCAGGUGUACUGCGUAUUCAUCCAUCUUUCAGAAUCGUAGCUUUGGCAGAAUCGCCUAUCGUUAACGCGUCCUCGAGACAAUGGUUGAAUUCAGAGCUACUUAGUUUGUUCCUUUUCCACGAAAUGAGACCACUCACCAAAUCAGAGGAGAUCCACAUUAUUCGGACGAAGUACGGGGAACCUUCCACGGCUUUGUUAAACAUUCUAGAACUGGCGCACGUACUACGAUCCUCCAAUGAUCCAACUUUACAAUCAUUGGCCAGUUCUUUGAGCACGAGGCAGCUUUUGAGGAUAGCGGAGAGAAUGCACAAGUUUCAGACCGACGAUGCUUACAACGCGGUGCAUCGCGCUUGUCUGGCUCGUUUCUUACCGGCAAUAGCGAAACAAGCGUUGGAAGACUGCUGCAAUCGUGUGGGCAUUGUUCCAACGAAAAGCAUAGUGGACGAAAACGUCAAGUGUCAAAUUAUCGGAAAUACCGUGCAAAUUGGUAACACGGUUGUCGAACGAUACAACACGACAGCUUUAACGAAAGUACCUGACAUUUUAUUUUACGAUGUGCCCCAACACGUCGCACUUUUAGAAAAUUUGUUGCAAGAUUUUAGUUUGGGACAACACUUGUUGUUAGUUGGAAACCAGGGUGUGGGCAAAAAUAAAAUUGUCGAUCGAUUGUUACAACUUUUAAAUAGGCCGCGAGAAUACAUACAACUACACAGGGACACUACUGUUCAAACUUUGACCCUUCAACCGAUGGUUAGGGAUGGAAAAGUGGUGUACGAAGACUCGCCGCUUGUGCAAGCCGUUAAAUUGGGACACGUGCUUGUUGUUGAUGAGGCGGACAAAGCUCCGACUCAUGUUACUUGUAUUUUAAAGACUUUAGUUGAAUCUGGUGAAAUGAUUUUAUCAGAUGGCAGACGUAUAGUAUCUUCUUUAACUUCUAAUAUAGACAAUUCGAAUAAAAUACUGCUUCAUCCAGAUUUUAAGAUGAUAAUAUUAGCAAAUAGACCUGGUUUCCCAUUUUUGGGAAAUGAUUUCUUUGGAGCAUUGGGUGAUCUGUUUAGUACGCAUACUGUUGAUAAUCCAAGCGUUGAAAAUGAGAUUCAACUUUUAAAACAAUAUGGUCCGAAUGUGGAUGAAAAGAUAAUAUUUAAAUUAGUAAAAGCUUUUGGCAAAUUACGAAAUAUGGCUGAUCAAGGUCUGGUUUCGUAUCCAUAUUCAACUCGGGAAGUUGUCAAUAUUGUAAAGCAUUUAGAGAAAUUCCCUCAAGAAUCUUUAGCUAAUGUGGUACGAAAUGUAUUCGAUUUUGAUCGAUAUAGCGAAGAAACUUUUAAUACUUUAGUGUCCGUAUUACAUGAAUAUGGGAUUCCUAUUGGAACAAAUCCCGCUAAUAUUGCAUUAGCAAAAGAAAUAUCUUUACCAGAAAAUCAAGUUAGUACUACCUGGAAUUUUUCAAAUGAACAAGAAGUACUACGCGUACAGGAAAAGUACAUUAAAUUAAAACCACCGAAAAAUUUAAUACAAAAGUUUUUACCUUUAGACCGCGUUGAAGCUAGAUCAGCUUUAUUUACUGAAUUACAAAGUUAUUGGACUGUACCACUUAAUAAUAUUAGUGUAGUAGCAGGAUUAGCAAUUACUAAAGGUACAAAAAAUGACGGGACGGAUGAUAUAAUUAAUGUUCUUACUACAAAUCCAUUAAAAAUCUUUAGCAUAAAUCAAGAAUCGGAUAAAAUUCAGGAAACUUUAUUAUAUGGAUUAAUAAAUUACGAGGAAAGUAACAGUCUUCGAUUUACAAUGGCGACUGAUAACAAUCAAAAUAUUUUACUACAUGAAGAAAUAAAUAAUGUUUUAUUAUUAUUGAAUUUAAACGAAGGAACUGUACGGAAAAUAGAAAUGUUAUCUUUCUUUGAUGCAACAUCAAAUAAAAUAACAAAUGCUUUGAAAAAUAUGAAUAUUCGUCGAAAGAUGAAACCUGAUUUGUUGAAGUCUCAUAAUCAAAUCGUUUUUUAUAGCUAUAAUUCUAACAAAAUAGAACUGAUAGAUUUAAAUUUCAUGUGCUUUUACACGAUUAAUUUACCAUUUAAGAUACAAUCAAUUUUACUUCCAUCAGAAAAGAAGUGGUUAAUUGAUGACACAGAGAGAAACAAAUAUAUUCUUAAAAAAUCCACGUAUUCGUCUCCCUGUCCAAAUAUUUUGCUAAAAGUAGAAGAAUCUAGUAAACAUAAUUUCAAAAUUGAUUCAUUUCUUAACUGCACUAAUAGCAGUUUGAAUAGUAAUUUACUUAGUGCAGCACUGAAACAGAAAAUAGAUUCUCCAAAUCGAUUGCUUGUGAGUGACAAUACUUAUGCCAAUAUUGCUGUUGGAUUUCCUGAUUUAGAUAGUUUUAAUGAACUUUAUUCUUGGCCAAGAGCAAAAUCUAGUAAUAAUUUCACUCCUACUAUUUCUAUGGAUAAUGGACAAAUUGUUAAGGUAGUUACACCUCAAGAAGUUCCUGAUGAAGUUUUUCCAAAGACAGGACAAAAUUACGGAAUUGCUCGUUAUUUGGAAAUUGUUGAUAUUGUAAAUCAUAAACUACGUUAUAUACCUGUACCAGAACCAGUUAACAUAUCUCAAAUGAUUCGAUUCAUAUAUCCAAAUAAAUAUUUUUUACACAUUUCACCUAAAUCAAAUCAGGAUCUUGUAACAGUAGAUAUAGGUGGUUGCGUUCGCCUUUGGGAAACGUCAUUAGUAAAUAUUGAAAAAUCUCUUGGAGCUUGGCGAAAAAUGGUGGGAGAUGAUAAUGAAAAUUUGCAAAUUACAAAAGAAAGAUAUUCUGGCUUAGAUGUUAGUGGUCCUAAACAUGGUAAAAUCGACGAGAAAAAUGAACCACAUGUUGGAGGCAAUACAUGGGCAGGAGGAACCGGAGGAAGAGACACAGCAGGUCUUGGCGGAAAAGGUGGACCUUAUCGUUUAGAUGCUGGUCAUACAGUACAUCAACUUAGUGACGAAGAAAAGAAUGCGGUACCUGAACAUAUUAAAAAGGCAGCGAGAGAAAUGGGUCUCAAAGUAUUUCAACAGCGUUUAAGAGAAAUUAAUAUGAGUGAAUAUGAUCAUCAACUUUAUUCCCAGUUUAGUAAUGCUGUUCAGAAGGAAGUUCAAGCGUUAAGAACUAUAAUAGAUAGUUUACAAGCCAAAAGUAAAGAACGUCAAUGGUGCAGGCACCAAACUUCUGGUGAGUUAGACGAUACUAAAUUAAUUGAAGGACUAACUGGGGAAAGAACAAUUUAUCGAAGAAGGGCAGAAAAAGAACCCGAACUUGGUGUUCCACCGUCAAAAUCGAAACGUUUAAAAUUAGUGGUGGAUGUUUCUGGUAGUAUGUAUAGAUUUAACGGAUACGACGGGCGUCUUGAUCGAGAGAUGGAAGCUUGCAUUAUGGUAAUGGAGGCAUUUAAUGGAUAUGAAGGAAAAUUUCAGUACGAUAUCGUUGGUCAUUCUGGUGAUGAUUAUGGUAUCGUUUUCGUAAAUCACACUCACCCGCCAGUAAAUAAUAAACGUAGAUUAGAAAUAAUAAAGACGAUGCACGCACAUUCACAAUUUUGCAUGUCUGGUGAUAAUACUUUAGAAGCAACGCAACAUGCAAUUGCAAAUUUAGCAAAAGAAGACGCUGAUGAAUGUAUUGUUGUUGUACUUUCGGACGCUAAUUUUGAACGUUAUGGUAUUCGACCUGAGAUAUUUGCAAAAAUUCUUACAUCAAACCCGAAUGUUAAUGCUUUUGCUAUAUUUAUUGGAUCCUUAGGAAAUCAAGCUUUUAGUUUAACCAAAAAAAUAACUGCGGGACGUGCAUUUGUUUGUAUGGAUCUCAAGGAUAUACCUCGAAUCUUGCAACAAAUAUUUGCUGCUUCAUUGUUAAGUACUACACAAUCAAGUUAAUGUAUUAUUAAUGUACUAUAACUUGUACUUUUAUAAAUAUUUAUAAUUGUGAAUAAUUAAGAAAUAUAUUAUAAUUUAAUUUAAAU